AUGUCAACACCAACUCAACGAAAAAAAGUUAAAGACUCACCCGUGCCCUUUACAGAUACCUCAUAUAAUAAUCAAAAAGAAUCCCGUAAAUCUUUCACUUUAAUUAAAACAAUUUUACAAGGAAUUGUAGUUUUUGUAAUCGCAUUUUUCUUGACUAGUUAUUUGAUUACCGAGACUUGGACCUGGGGAUAUAAAAAUAAAUACACAAAUUGGAGGAAUUGGAUUCCGCGAAAAGAAAUUGUAUUUACUGAAGAAGAGUUAGCUAAAUAUGAUGGAUCCGAUCCAAAUUUACCGAUUUAUAUUGCCAUGAACGGAGAAGUAUUUGACGUAACUAGCGGAAAAAUUUAUUAUGGAAAGGGUGGUGGUUAUUCCUUCUUUGCUGGAAAAGAUGCCUCUCGUGCAUAUAUCACAGGAUGCUUUCAAACUCAUCUGACUCAUGACCUGCGUGGUUUAACGCCUGAACAAAUCAAGGAUAUUGAAAAUUGGGCUUCUUUUUAUCGUGAUCACCAUACAUAUUAUAAAGUUGGAACUGUUGUACAUCCACCUAUAGAUCCAAAUUCUCCUAUUCCACCUCCGUGUAAUAGCGCUUCAGAUCCAAAGUCGUAA